AGAUCACGCGCACAACAUCCCUUUCAAACAAAACAAUUGUUUAAUAAAAACAAUUAACGCAUUCGAUAGUCGAUAAAUUAGUUAAUAGUUUUGUUUUUCGUCUAAUCUAGGCGACCGUUUUUGUGAUAAGCACGGUGUGUGUGUGUAAAGAAUUGCAUUGAAAAGUUCAAAGUGCUUUUUGUUGAGGAUACGGUUGCACGAUGAAGUUCAAAUGAUAAGGUAAAUAAUAAUGGCGUGACGGAGAACGAAAAUGGCCGCCGUAUCCGCCCAUAUGCAGGACAUUAAGAUCCAAGACCAGAGCGAUGACGAUCCAUACUCUCCGAACACGAGAGACACGACAAGUCCAGAGUGCCACGACGAUGAGAAAUCGGAAGACAUAAGCAUCCGUUCAUCCUCUUUCUCCAUCCACAACGUGCUUAGAAGGAGCGGGACAACAGCAGCCCUGACAAUGUCUUUUCGACGGAAAAGCUCUUGGAGAAUACCGAAUUUCGAUGACAGAAACACAGAGAGUGUAAGUCCCGUUGUUGAAGUGAAUGAAAGAGAAAUAAGCGUGGACGAUGGUAAUUCUUGCUGUAGCGACGACACCGUGUUGUCAGUUGGAAACGAGGCACCCGUAUCCAACUACGAAGAGAAAGCCAGCCAGAAUACCCACCAAGAACUGACCUCCUUCAAACACAUACAAACACACUUGAGCGCCAUAUCGCAGCUGAGCCAAAACAUGAAUGUGGCCCAACCGCUGCUAUUACGGCCGAGUCCAAUUAACCCAAACCCAAUAAUGUUCCUAAACCAACCGCUUCUGUUCCAAAGUCCGAUCUUGAGCCAAGACUUAAAAGGUAUGCCCAACAGACAAACAGCCAACGUGAUCAGUCCAACGUUUGGCUUAAAUUUCGGUAUGAGAUUAAAGGCCAAUCAUGAAACACGAACGAGGUCUGAUGAGAAUCGGUAUUCGAAGCCGGAAGAAUCUAGAGAUUACAUCAAUCAGAACUGCCUUAAGUUUAGUAUAGAUAAUAUUUUAAAAGCGGACUUCGGAAGGAGGAUCACCGAUCCUUUGCACAAAAGGAAAGUGAAGACGAGAUACGAGGCUAAACCUGCUCCAGCAAAAGACACUGCGGCUUUUGCUCCGAAGCUGGACGAAGCGAGGGUACCUGACAUCAAAACACCAGACAAAGCUGGAGCCAUCGACCUUUCUAAAGACGAUAGCGGAAGCAAUUCUGGAUCAACCUCCGGUGCAACUUCAGGCGACAGUCCGAUGGUGUGGCCCGCGUGGGUGUACUGUACGAGGUACAGCGAUCGACCCAGUUCCGGAAGAAGUCCUCGCACCAGACGACCGAAGAAGCCGCCCGGAGACACCGCCAGCAAUGACGAGAAGAGACCAAGGACCGCAUUCUCCGGGCCACAACUCGCGAGGCUAAAGCACGAGUUUGCAGAGAACCGGUAUCUGACAGAGCGGCGGCGGCAGAGUCUCGCUGCGGAGCUGGGCCUCGCCGAGGCGCAGAUAAAGAUCUGGUUCCAGAACAAACGGGCCAAGAUCAAGAAGGCGUCGGGCCAGAGGAACCCGCUGGCGCUGCAGCUCAUGGCCCAGGGUCUCUACAACCACAGCACCGUGCCGCUGACAAAGGAAGAGGAGGAACUAGAGAUGAAGGCGAGAGAAAGAGAGAGAGAGCUGAAGAAUAGAUGUUAAAACGGCUUUCAGUAAGAGUGGUAGUGUGUUCCUGGCAAUAUUCCUAAAACUUACUUACCUUACAACCCAAAACUUACUCUUUUACUGGUGGUAGGACCACUCGUGAGUCCGCGCGGAUAGGUACCACCGCCCUGCCUAUUUCUGCCGUGAAGCAGUAAUGCGUUUCGGUUUGAAGGGUGGGGCAGCCGUUGUAACUGUACUGAGACUUUAUAACUUGUAUCUCAAGGUGGGUGGCGCGUCUACGUUGUAGAUGUCUAGGGGCUCCAGUAACCACUUAACACCAGGUGGGCUGUGGACUCAUCCACCCAUCAAAGCAAUUUCUAAAUUUCAUUAUAAGCGAAGUUAUUUUCUAAUGUUUUCCAAACCGAAAAUAAUUAUAAUAACACGUUGACUGUAGGUCACCGGUGCCCUACGCGACGCACUGAAGUAAUUAUAAUAGCAGUCUUCAUAACAGUCGCAUCAUUUCCUAAUUGUUUCUUUAAGCUGCAAGAAGCUCUUUCAAAGCUUUUCAGCACAGCUUAGCAUAGCAUUCUAUGAUUUUGUAGCCGUUUAAUAAUUUUUUAGUUGUUUUGGUUUUUUAUUUUUUUUAUUGCUUGUAAGGGUUAACGAGCUCACGACCCAUCUGAUGUUAAGAGGUUACCGGAGCCCAUAGACAUCUACAACGUAAAUGCGGCCACCCACCUUGAGACAUAAGUUGUAAGGUCUCAGUAAGUUACAACGGCUGCCCCGCCCUACAACAGUACAACGGCUGCAAUUCAAACCGAAACGCAUUACUGCUUCACGGCAGGAAUAGGGUGGUGGUAGCUACCCGUGCGGACUCACAAGACAUCCUACCAUGAGUAAUUUUAGAUUGAAUUCAAUUUUACAAAGACUAUAAUAUUGUUAUCGUUUUCGAGAACUAUGCGUGAACACUGUUACUGAAAGCGCCAUUGGCGGACCCAUCAGAUGUCGGUGGACAACACUAUACCGCCCAGUAUUGAAUUAUUUUAUUAAUCAAAUCGAAAAUUUAACUUCUGCCGCGCACUUUUCACGGUCGAAAUAGAGCAUUGUCAUGUAAAAUAGUCUUACAAAAGCGCUCUGGUGAAUUUAGAUGAAUGACACGAAUUUUCGGUUUUCUUCAAAAACGUAUAGAUUGGCUGGAUUUUUAGUAAAUUAUUUUAAUGAAGUUAUCAGCUUAAACAUGCGUUAUAGAUUUAUCAACACCUAC